AUGAGCAAGCCGCUAGAUAUCGUCUUGCCCUUCCAUAGUCAGGAUGUGGCAGCUAAAUCCACUCUGAAACUUGUCGGCAUAGCCGCAGCAUCUGCUCUCCUAUGGUACAUUCUCGUCCUCGUCUACAGAGUAUACUUCCAUCCUCUGGCCAAAUAUCCCGGGCCCAAACACCUGGCAGCCACCGACAUCCCUUGGGUCUACAAAGAGGCCGUCUCCGGUACCACUGCCCGGGAGGCCGUCGACCUGCACAAGAAGUAUGGCCCCAUCGUGCGCAUUGGCCCCAAUAGACUCGCCGUGGACGGGGCCGUCGGGUUUCCCCAGAUCUUCCAGCACCGUCCUGGCCAGCCGGAGUGGCCCAAGAAGCGCGGGUUUUUCGGCGAGCAGGACGAGCUCAGAUUGAUCGGCAGCGCGCACGAGGAACACCGGCGGAGGCGUCGCCAGCUCGGCUAUGCGUUCAGCGACGCGAGCAUGAAGGAACAGGAGACCUUUAUGAAGCCGUAUAUCGACAAGCUGUGCCAGCGAUUCGGCGAGAAGGCCGCCUCUGGGGAAACGUUUGAUCUUGUCAAGUGGUUCAACUUUACGACUUUUGACAUCAUUGGCGAUCUGAUGUUCAGCGACUCGUUCCAUUCCCUUGCGGGUGGAGAUUACCAUCCCUGGGUGCUGAGCAUCAUCGAGGGUAUACGCGGAACGGCCAUGAUCCGAGCUAUAGACACAUUCCCAUUGAUUGGCCCCUUUGUCCGCUUCUUUGGGUCCGCUGCCAGCGAUAUUGCUGCGAACACCGAAACGAGAACCCUGGCAUCCGAAAAGGCCCUGCUGCGAAAGGCGCAAGGAGAGGCGCCUGGUGGCCGCAAGGACUUCAUGACUUAUAUGCUCAAGACGGACCGCGACGGGCAUCCAGGCUUCACCGAGACGGAGAUCAUCAUGAACUCGGCUGACCUGGUGAUUGCCGGCAGCGAGACCACAGCUACGUCCCUGUCUGCCAUGUUCUGGCACCUGGGGCUGCCAAAGUACCGCCCGAUUUACGACAGGCUGUGCGACGAGAUCCGCUCCGCCUUCCAGAGCGAAGACGAACUGGAUAUGAAGUCUGUGGCUCGCCUCCCUUAUUUGCAAGCCGUCAUCGAGGAGAACUUGCGCAUGUACCCUCCUGCUGCUGAGUUGCCCCCUCGUAUCUCGCCUGGUGCUAAGCUCAAUGGCGAAUUCAUUCCGAAGGGCACCGCCGUCACAACCUACCAGCUGGCGACCUUCCACAACCCAGCCAACUUUGCCGACCCGGACACCUUCCGACCUGAGCGCUGGCUCCCGGCUUCACACCCGCUGUACGAUCCCAUGUUCGCCAACGACAACCGUGCCGCCUGCAAGCCCUUCAGCUUCGGGACCCGCGACUGUCUCGGCAAGAACCUGGCGUACUCGGAGCUCCGACUCGUUAUUGCUCGCAUCCUUUACCGGUUUGAUUUUGAGCUGGCUCCGGGUCAGGAAGAUUGGGCCAGCGAACAGCCGUUGUUCCUUGUGUGGGUUAAGCCACCGCUGAAUAUACUUUUCAAGGAGAGACAGCUGCAGAGCAAGCUGCAGAGCAAGCUGGAGUAG